AAAAAUUAUUAAAUGAAGUCCUUACACAUCAUCAAAUGGAUAAUUUUUCUAAAUUCUCAACUAAACAGAAAGCUGUCCUCAAAGGAGAUGGAGAUGACACAUUAGUAAACUCAGUAGUUGACCAAAGCUUUUUAGCUCUUCUUAUUACUGAGUAUGAUAAACAUCUGGAGGCACUAAAUGAACAGCUAAAAUACUAUCAGCAACAGAUGGGUGAGAUGAAAUUGCAUCUUGAAAAUGUCAUUAAGGAAAAUGAAAGGUUGCAUGGUGAGCUAAAAGACGUUGUUGAGAAGCAGUUGGAGGCCCUUCCCUUUGAUGUAGAGAUGGGGAAGGAAGUGUACACAGAUGAGGAAGUGGUCAUCAGCCUCCAAGAACAACUGCAGCUAGCCAAUCAGGAGAAGGCCUGUGCUCUGGGGCUGUGGGAGGCUGCUGCGCAGGAGCUGACCGCGCUACGCGAGCACCACCAGGAAUGUGUGGCCAAGGCCCAGGAUCAGCAACCAACUCAAAACCUUCAUGCUGUUAAGAACAUAGAAAUGGCUACCGAACACUUCCUGAAGGCAAUUGCGGAACAAAAUGCAGAGAUCCAGCAGCUCCGAAAACAAUUUCGGCAAUCCAAGUCAAAUCUGAGAGUUGCAGCAGCAAAAGUGGAAGAGCUGACUGCAGCGACAGAGCAGCUGCAGGGUCAGAUGCACAGAAAGGAGGAGGAUAUGGUAUCUGCCCGAGAAAGAGAGGAAGCAUCAGAAAGAUUCUCACAGCAACUACAAUCUAACAUUAAAAUACUAGAAUCUAAGUUUUCUGUCACAUCCCAAGAAGCCAAGGAACUAAAAGCAGAAAAGGCACAUCUGGAAAGAGUGGCUAGAGAGCUGCAAGCAAGGUGCAGUGCACUGGAGAAAGAGAACUAUGCAGCUGCGGCAAGAGUCAGAGACAGCAUGAAACUCUUAGACGAGGCUAACCUUAAAAGAGACCAGGCUCUGCUCAAGGACAAACGAAAAGAAGAAGAGAUAGAGAAAAUGAAAAAAACAAUUUGUCAGCUGAUACAAGAUGGUGACUUACAGUCCAAGAAAGACGUUGAAAGUACAAAAAAGCACUGUGAGGUACAGAUUUCUCAAAUAAUGGAAGAACUCUCAGCUCUUCGAAUGGAAUGUGAUGAAAAACAAGGCCAAAUCGAACGAGCCAUUAGGGGGAAAAAGGCUGUGGAAGAAGAACUAGAAAAGGCCUACCGUGAAGGCAGAGGGAGUGAAGAGGACUACAGAAAGCUGGAAGAGAUGCACCAUAGAUGCCUUGCUGCAGAGCGCUCAAAAGAUGACCUUCAGCUGAGCCUAAAGAGAGCGGAAAACAGAAUAAAGCAGCUUGAAAUUAAUUCCUCAGAAGAGAUAACACGUUCCCAUGAGAUGAUUCAGACCCUUCAAACUGUAAUCGAGUCUGAAAGAGAGAACUGUGGACGCGUCAGUGAACAGAGACUGAGACUUCAGCAGGAAAAUGAACAGUUACAGAAAGAGACUGAGGAGUUAAGAAAGAUUGCAUUGGAAGCUCAAAAGAAGGCCAAAUUAAAGAUCAGUACAAUGGAGCAGGAAUUUUCAAUAAAGCAGCAUGGGUUUGAAGUUCAGUUGCGGGAGAUGGAAGACAGUAAUCGAAAUGUUACUACUGAGCUGAGGCAUCUCUUAAUAACUCAGCAGAAAGCAGCCAACAGGUGGAGGGAAGAAACCAAGAAACUGACUGAAAGUUCAGAGAUUAGAAUCAGCAGUUUAAAAAGUGAGCUGAGUCGACAGAAACUUCACACGCAAGAGCUGCUUUCCCAGCUGGAGAUAGCAAACGAAAAGAUAGUAGAGAAUGAAAAGUUAAUUCUAGAACAUCAAGAAAAAGCCAACAGACUUCAGAGCCGACUAAGUCAGGCUGAAGACAGAGCUGCUUCCGCUUCCCAGCAGCUCAGUGUGAUUUCAGUGCAGAGAAGAAAAGCAGCUUCCAUGAUGAAUCUGGGAAAUACUUGAACUAUUCGUAGCUCGCUGACAGCACAGCGUUGGGGACACUGUCGGACUAGCAUGAGUGGAAAUGGCACGUGCA